UCCUUCUCCGACUAGUUUGUCAUUACCGCAUACUAACAGAAGGUUAGCCAGGCUGACAGCAAGUAAUCUUUCACCAAGGGAAAGGGAUUAUCUGUACUGUCGCUGUGUAUCCACACUGUUGUGUUAUGUCAAGAGGACACUGGCUGUGUUAAGACUGUGAUUGAACACCAUGGCUGCAGCUCCUCACCUUAGACGGUCAGAUUCAGCUCACGGGGAGUUCUCCCCUCUGAAGCGCUUUGUUGUGGCCAAGAAGAAGAUAAGCGAUGUGUUUGAACAACUGCUGAACUAUGUGAAAGAGACUUCAGAGUUUGUGGAAGAGACCUGUGGGAAUAAAGCUCUGGAGAACAUUGCGAGUCAAGAUCAAAAGGUGGAGAUUCAGGCAUAUGCUGACAAACUGGCCGUCAUUAAGGAGGUGCUGGCGCGCAGACACAUGAAAGUGGCCUUUUUUGGCAGGACCAGUAAUGGUAAAAGCACAGUGGUCAACGCCAUGCUGAGGGAUCGCGUGCUGCCCAGCGGGAUUGGCCACACCACCAACUGCUUUCUUAGUGUCGAGGGCACUGAUGAGGACAAGGCCUACCUCAAGACGGAGGGCUCUGAUGAGGAGAAGAGCAUCAAGACUGUAAACCAGCUGGCUCACGCGCUCCACAUGGACGAGAGUCUGGACGCCGGCUGUCUCGUCCGUGUGUUUUGGCCGAAGACCAAGUGCGCUCUGCUUCGAGACGACCUGGUGCUUGUGGACAGCCCAGGGACAGAUGUCACAUCAGAACUGGACAGCUGGAUUGAUAAAUUUUGCCUGGAUGCUGAUGUCUUUGUGCUGGUGGCCAACUCUGAAUCCACACUUAUGAACACGGAAAAGCACUUUUUCCACAAAGUGAACGAACGUCUGUCAAAGCCCAACAUCUUCAUCCUCAACAACCGCUGGGAUGCCUCAGCAAACGAACCAGAGUACAUGGAGGACGUGAGGAAGCAGCACACAGACCGUUGUGUGAACUUCCUGGUGGAGGAGCUGAAGGUUGUGGACCGCGAUCAGGCACCCAACCGCAUUUUCUUCGUCUCCGCCAAAGAGGUGCUCAACUCCCGCAUGCAACGUGCUCAGGGCAUGCCUGAAGGAGGUGGAGCCCUGGCUGAGGGCUUCCAGGAGAGACUUAAGGAGUUCCAAUGCUUUGAGAGGAGGUUUGAGGAGUGUAUCUCGCAGUCAGCAGUGAAAACAAAGUUUGAGCAGCACACUAUCAGGGCCAAGCUGAUCACAGAAAAGGUCAAGCGCAUCAUGGACGCCAUCAACAUUGAGGCGGCAGAGAAGAGAGUGGCGGCUCUGGAAGACAGAGAGUAUCAGAUGGACCGGCUGGAGUUUGUAAAGAAUCAGCUCAACUUGCUUAUUAAUGAAAUAAAGAAGAAGAUCAAGGCCAUCAGCGAGGACGUGGAGUCUAAGGUAUCCUACGCCAUGGGAGAGGAGAUCUGCCGUCUCCACGUGAUCGUUGAUGAGUUCCACUGUGACUUCCACCCCUCGUCACACGUCCUCAAGAUCUACAAGUCUGAGCUGCUGUAUCACGUGGAGGAGGGGAUGGGCAAGAACCUGGCCUUCCGCUGCUCCAAUGCCGUCAACGCUUCUGUCCAGUCCUCUCAGAAAUACAUGAUGGAGAGCAUGCUCCCUCUGCUUCCCUCUUCGGCCCAGAGCCAGGUCCACAUGCUGGUGCCUAGCAGGAAGUUUGACCUGAGUUACGACCUAAACUGCGCCACACUUUGCAAUGACUUCCAGGAAAACAUUGAGUUCCAGUUUUCGUUGGGCUGGACAGUGUUAGUCCACCGCUUCCUGGGAUCUGUCAACGCGCAGAGAGCACUGCGACUGGUGGACCAGAACUUCCAGGCCUCUCGACCAGCGCUGGCCCUCACGCCCUCCUCAGGACCCCCGUCCAUCACGGCGCCGCCCAACAACGAGACGGCUGUCAUGACCCACGAGGACUUGAUGGUAGCCGUUGCAACCAAUGUGGCAUCCCUCACCUCCCGCACUUCAAUGAGUGUCCUCAUCGUUGGAGGAGUGGUGUGGAGAACGGUGGGCUGGAGGCUGAUAGCUCUGUCGGGCUCACUGUACGGCUUGCUGUACCUGUACGAGAGACUCACCUGGACCACGAAGGCAAAGGAGCGCUCUCUGAAGCGCCAGUUUGUGGACUACGCAACAGAGAAGCUGCAGCUCAUAGUCAGCUUUACUAGUGCGAACUGCAGCCACCAGGUCCAACAGGAGAUGGCGGCGACCUUUGCGCGGCUCUGUCAGCAGGUGGACGAGACGCAGAGAGAGCUUGAGGCUGAAAUCCGCAAACUGACAGCCGCCAUAGAUCAGCUGGAGACCGUCCAGAGCCACUCCAAGACCCUGCGACAUAAAGCGACAGACCUGGAGAAACAGUUGGAGGUGUUCACAAACCAGUAUCUGCAGCCUCAGCAGUGAGCUGCUCUUCUUCAGCGCUCCACAGUUUGGUUCUUGUCGAGCCAAUCAUUCCUCAGCCUCACGGUGCCCCAGUCCUCAUCUCCUAAACUACACCACAGCUUCUGUGUGGACAGUAGCGCUGGACAGAUGAAUCGAUUCAAAGACAUCUAUAGAUGUUUUGAUAAUAUGAAAGGUUAGUCAUUUAUCAGACAAGGAUACCAAACGUCUGCAGCUUCUCGAGUGUGAAGAUUUGGUUCUUUUUUUUUGUGCCAUUUGUAAAUAGUCAACAUGUCUUUUUUUUUUUUUUUUUUUUUUGGGACAUUUUGUAGACAAUCAAGAAAAAGAAAUUGAUCAGUAAUUUCACUCUUAAUGGACCGAAGAGAGUGAAGCCCCCCCCCCCCCCUCCCUCCCUCCACUGCCAAUUAGGCGUUUCAGGUGCUCGAAAAACUGCAGUGAACCAACUGUCAAACAAAGCUGCCUGUAAAACAGAAACGUGGACUCAUUAUGCGCAGAGACGCUCCCUCCACAAGGUGGUAUUAGAAUCUCGGUCGGCGAGAAGGCUGCCGGUCGGGUGCCAUAUUUUGACACUAAUGUGCUUCAAACUGUGAAUAUGCCUUUUUUGACUAACUUUUGUGAAGCAAAUGAAGUUUGUCUGUAAGACUGUACAUGUAUCUUUUUGGGCACAUGAUCUGUUGUGUUAGCAACAAAAAAUAAAUAUAUUUAAUAAC